GGAAGUUUACAGUGUGCUGACGGACUUUUAGAGAGUUCGGUGUUGUGCGCUCUCGGUGCGUCACACGCUCAGACCCUUCACUGGAAGCGCACGACUCCACACUUAUUAUACAUGCAAAUACAGCCCAGACUCCAGCUUCUCUCUGAACACAACAGGCUUCGUUUUUCUCACAAGCUUGAAUUCGCUUCUACUUGUGGCUGCAUCUUAGGAGUGAAAUGGAUGUCAUCCCUAUGUGUAGCAUCUUCCAGGAGCUCCAGAUUGUGCACGAUACCGGAUACUUUUCAGCUUUACCGUCUCUGGAAGAGUACUGGCAGCAGACAUGCCUCGAGCUGGAGAGAUACCUCCAGAGCGAGCCCUACGUCUCAGCCACCGACCUCAAAUUUGAGAGUCAGGAGGACCUGUGGAGCAAGCUGAUGCUCGCCUGCGGGGACAAGUCAAGCGAGCCCGACCCAAAGAUCCCCCACAUCAAGGAGGAGGAAGACAAUCAGGACAGCCAGCACCUCGACGCCGGCGGCUUCAACUCCGAUGCCAGCAGCGAGGCCUCGGACAGCUCAGAGGAGCUCUCCCCUACCCUCGACUUCUCCUCCGGUUCUUUGACUGACAUUCUGGGAGACGGUGGCGAAGACCUGGGCUCCGCCAUCAUCAGCACGCCGCCAUCCUCACCUGAGCUGGGCAAGGAGGGCUCUGUCACCCAGGUGUGGAGUGGGAUACAGACUGUUCUGCACUCACCUGGGAAAAUAAGGACUGGGGGCAUGGAGAGGACGCUGGAGAGGUCUGGGCUGACCAGCGGGGAGGCGUCACCUGACGGCAGGAGGCGGGUGCACAGGUGUCACUUCAAUGGAUGCAGGAAGGUGUACACCAAGAGCUCUCACCUCAAAGCACACCAGCGCACGCACACAGGUGAGAAACCCUACAGGUGUUCAUGGGAGGGCUGCGAGUGGCGCUUUGCACGAAGCGAUGAGCUCACCAGACACUUUAGGAAGCACACUGGAGCAAAGCCAUUCAAAUGCAGUCACUGCGACAGGUGUUUCUCCCGUUCUGACCACCUGGCGCUGCACAUGAAGAGGCACAUCUAAGAUGGCCUCUGUGUUGAGAGCUCUGAGGGAUGAAUCUGGUUGAUUGUCCUGACCUGUGGGGGAUCAGCGAGGCCGGUGUGUCCUGGGAGCGUUAACAUGGACACCGCCGUGUUCCAGUCAGUGGAAAAAGAUGAAGCAAUGCAGGCUAUUAUUUGCACCAUACUUAGUGCCUCCAACACCUCGCUGUGGAGAUUGCUCUUGAAAGGCUUUUAUGGAGGAAUGGGAGGGCGGGGAGAGACUUGAAGAAAUGUUAGAGAAGGGGAAAAAUCUGGACUGGAGAAGACGGGAAGAGACUCUUCUGUAUGGUGUUCGACGCUUUUUUCCUGGAGGAUUAUGGGACUCCUGCAGGGGUGCCGUUCCUCCAAUGACAGUAUGUUUGCCUGUGCGCAUGAGGACUGUGAGUGCCUGCGACUGGAUGCCUGUGCUGGCUUUAUGGAGCGGAUGGAGCUUGCAUUGUGGAACUGCGAGUGAAUGACACAGAGGGGGUGACGUUGUGUGAGGGAGGUUUUUUGGUCUCACUUAGAAUGAAUGCAAGGGUUCUGUCUGUGCAGUUUGAGUCUGUUGGCUGUGGAGGGGAGUAAAGGGUUGUUUGGUGGAGCUGAUUUGCUAUAGAGCGCCCCCUUUCUGUCCGGAGGUGAAACUACAGCUCCCUAUUCAAACAUGGGAGGUCGUUUUGUUUAGUGCAGCUAUUAAAUGUGCAAUGUAUUAUGUAGCCUGUCUCAAAACAUACACGCUAUAAAGCUCAUUUUGUUGUCCAUUGUGUAAGCUCUGUAUCUAAAAAGAAAAAGAAAAAAAAAAAACAACGGUUAUACACAAACAGUUAUUGCCAUUAUAACACAAGUUGCAUGGGAUCUGGGGAUGAGUUGCUCACCUGUUUGCUUAUAGGACAACAAAAUUCCAUUCAAGAGCAGCUACCUUCAUAUUACUCAAUAUCAUAGUAUUGUACAAAACACAUAAGGCAGUCUUUAUUUUUUUUUUCUUAAUAAGUUGGGGAUACCACUAUUGCUUGGCAACUGUCUUGAUCAUGGGAUUUUUGUUCCUUUUUCUUCACUUGCUCUUCUUUUGUUCUAUCUGUAAAUGCACUGUUGACCUUACUGAUGCCUUAUGUAAGUGGCCUUGUCCUGUUAAAUAGAUCUCUCUCUCUCACACACACACACACACACACACACACACACACCAAACCGGGGUUGCGAAUGCACUAGGCCAUUAGUGAAUUGCUUUAUAAAGGCUCUGAUCCAUACAGUCGCACCUUUGCCCUUUUGUCUCGCGACAGACUCCUCUAAACUCCUUAAAAAUAAAAAAGAACUAUAUAUCAGCUUCAUAAUGACUGCCAUUUUUACAUCUCUGUGCAUUAUCUGUUCAAUGUUAUCAUAACCUUAUCAAAACUAAAUCAUAUUCCCCAAAAUCACGCCAAAAUAAUUGGUCUGAGACAGAAUUGUGGAGCACUUGGAAAAGCAAUUCAGUUUUGUAAAGAUUUACUACUAUGUAGUAUAAAGUGGUGUAGAUGCACUUCAGAUCGACUGUAACUUGCUGUCAAAGGUACAGACUCUAGGAAAUAAUGUUCUCAUGAAAUGUGGCAUGGUCAGCCACCAAGGCUGUGACAAAUAAGAAUUUACUACAAAGAAACCAUUUACAGUAUGCUGUACGGGCCAUUUAUGUCUGCAGACAUGUCAAAAGCUUACAGUCUUUAAAGAAAAGGAUGUGUCCUUUAGAAUAAUGACGACAUUCUCAACAAUGAGUCUGUUUUGUUGUAUGUUUUGGUAAGUCUUGCCCUCAGGGUGAGUCAGUAUCUUUACUCAGACCUGGUUUAAAUAACCUGUGAUCUGACUAAACGGUACCAAAAACCGGUCUCACCAGUUCAGCUGAGCUGUGCUGCAGGUCUAGAGGUAUCUGUCUGCAUCUGCAGGUGAACUGAGAUGAGACCAGGACCAGAUGUAUGUCUGUACCAACUUCACUAUAUGCAUGUUUUAACUUAAGUUACUGUACAUGACUUCAACGCACUCCUCCGUGGGUUGACAAAAUUCUCUGAUCUUUCAAGUUUAUAGAAAUCCCUUCAGUUUCACAAUUGGAUAGACUCCAUCACAAUUUUCCCUAUUUCUAGAAAACAUGUGGGAGCCACUGUUUUUUUUACUGGAUAUAUGUUUUGUUGAAAAGUAAGACAUAUGGAAGUGUUGAAAAAGAACUUGUCUGCUUUCAGGAUAUGGCUGGUUUAAGUGGUCAUAAAACUUGUUGUAACUCAACACCUGUACAGGUGAACCUGGUCAACGUUAAAGAAAGUCCAUACACUGAGAAAUGUCAAAAAUGCAAAGAUGUGUACAUUGUAAACUAAGAGAAUUUUGUAAGGAAGCUUCUAUUUUGAAAGGGUAUGGGACCAAAAACAAGUGCAGUGUGUUGUUUCUAAAGAUUAACCAAUAAAGACAAGAGGCUGAAGAAUUAUUGUAAAAUAGACACACUCCAUUCUUGUUCAUAUGCUUCUGUAACAUCUUUGUUUAUGAUUUGAUUGGAGAAAUGUAGAGCAAAUGUAUGUUUAAAAAGGCAUCAAUUGCGUAUACACAUGUGGCCUAUCAUCUUUUAAGAAAACAACAACGAAAAAAACUACUUUUCAGACGUGAAUUGUUCUGGACACUUGAAUUGUCAUAAUUUUGCAUUCUGGUGUCCAUUAAGUAUUGAGUUUUUUAUUUGCCAUGUGAUUUUUUUCUUAACUUCUCAAAGACCUCCGAAGACACCCUAUCUUUAGCUAGAGAAUCUUUAUUGGAUAAACAUGGAGAUAAAAUAUGAGGCUCUAUUUUUGUUUGUUUUAUGGCAUAACAAGAUUUUUUCAUUUGGAAUUGUUUUGUAAAAUAGUUUCUGUAUGAAUGUAUUUUUUAUUGGAAAAUCGAUAAAAAGAAUUUAUUGGA